CAGUAUGUAUGACCAACUGUCCCACCCUCAUUGUGACGGUGGGCCUCCCAGCGAGAGGGAAGACCUACAUCUCCAAGAAACUGACCCGCUAUCUCAACUGGAUUGGUGUGCCAACCAAAGGUACUAGGUCAAGUUUUUUCUCUCUCUCACACACGCAUAGACACAAACACACAGGGAAUAGGGUUUACCCUAUAAACAUGUUUAUCUUGACUAAAUGUAUCUCUGUGUUGUUUAGAGUUCAAUGUGGGUCAGUACAGGAGAGAGUGUGUGAAGAUCUACAAGUCUUUUGAGUUUUUCCAUCCAGACAAUGAAGAGGGGCUGAAGAUCAGGAGGUGAGGCUGGAGAAGGGCUGAUGGAUUGAAAUGCAUGGGUCAAGUUAGGUCUAACCCAACACUAUUCACUUAUCUCAUUACAUGCCAAAGUUACAGGGAAUAGGCUCUUUAUUGGGCUCUACUAGGCAGAUACAGUUGAAAGAAAAAAGAGUAGUAGCUAUUUACAUUAAUAUCUACAAAGUGCAUUUUGACCAGUUGCUUUAUAUUAGCAAAGUUUGAAUUCAUUUCAUUCUCAUAGAUCUGUACCUACACUGUCACUUUAAGGAGUUUCCAGUCAUCUUUCUGAUUCUGUUGUGUACGUGUCCACCCAUAGGCAGUGUGCACUGACAGCGCUGAAUGAUGUGCGCCACUACCUGACUGUGGAUGGAGGCCAGGUGGCGGUGAGUAGAGCAGAUCAGGCCCACGGUGACUUUUGUUUGGUUCAUGAUCACAGUGUGAAUGAGGAUGUUGAUGAAUAGUGGGAAAAGGGUGCACAUGCCAAGAAAAGAAAGUUAUUUCUUGCUUGGUAAUUACAUUUACUGAAUGUAUUAAUGUACAUGUAUUCAAAUGCCAGGGCUGGCUUGAAUGUUCAAUUCAAUAUACAGGUAUGUAAUUAAUCUAGGCUACUAUGCAAAGAAAUAACUUGUGUUUUGGCGUGUGCACCCUUUUUCCCCGCUAUUGCUCUUCAGUCUACAAGACUUGUUUGGGUAAGCGCCGCAACUCAUAUACAUGUUCAUGUUUUGCUUGGUGCUGCCGGGACUCCUAACCUGAAUGCAAUGAGGAUGUUGUGACUGACUGGAGUUUGACCUUCCUUACCUCAGGUGUUUGAUGCCACUAACACCACCAGGGAGAGGAGAUGGACCAUCACCAGGUUUGCAGAGCAGAACGGCUUUAAGGUAUGGAACCCCAGGACCAGGCAUUAGUAUCUGUAGUUAUUGUCUAUUCAUUGGCUUCACUACCUUUCGUAUACUGUACAGUAUAUUUCACUGUAUUGUAUUUAUACUAAAUCUUCAUUUUCAACCUCCCAGGUGUUCUUUGUGGAGUCUGUGUGUGAAGACCCUGAUGUCAUUGCGGAGAACAUAGUGGUGAGUGACAUCUCUGCUAUCUUUCAGCACUGUGCAUGUGCCACUGGUUUUAUAAAAGAUCAGACAUGAUCAAAUUUAAUUGCUCAUAAAAUUCAAGACUUCUGCUUUAUAAUUGAUAUUCCUGUGUGACAGGCCUCCUGAUGAAGAAUGUGUACUAUCUUUCUGUUGAUAUGCCCUGGCAAACUUUCAGAAAUGAAGCAAGAUGUUUUUCCUCUCUUUCUCUUUUUCUCGACUCAUUUCCUCUUACUGUCUGUAUUUCCUGUCUGUCCGUGCAGCAAGUGAAGCUGGGUAGUCCUGACUACAUAGAUAGUAAUACAGAGGAGGUCAUCGAGGACUUCAUGAAGAGAAUCAAGUGCUACGAGAACUCUUACCAGCCACUGGACGAGGUUCUAGACAGGUGAGCACACACACACACACACACAUACACACACACACACACUAGUGGUUUCAGAAUAUGCUCUGACAAGAUACUGGACAAGUGAGAAUGCAAACACACACUCAGAAUACACAUGGACAAGGUCAGCAGUCUUUUAAUCUCCUCACACUGCUAUUAGAUCUGAUAGUCACUCAUACUCCAUCCCCUGCCCCAGGGAUCUGUCCUACAUUAAGAUAAUGGACGUGGGCCGGAGGUACCUGGUGAACAGGGUGUUGGACCACAUCCAGAGCCGCAUCGUCUACUACCUGAUGAACAUCCACAUCACACCACGCUCUAUCUACCUGUCUCGCCAUGGAGAGAGUGACCUCAACGUCAAAGGACGCAUCGGAGGAGACUCAGGCCUGUCUGACAGGGGCAAGGAGGUUUGUUGGUUUGUCUGUCUGUCUUUUCGUAAUAAAAAUAUAUACAGUACCAGCAGGGACGGUGUGUUCAUUAGGGCGAUAUGGGCGACGCACUGCCAAACGGGAAAAGGAAGGGAUUUUUUUUCUAAUCAAUUAUAUCACGGCAACAGUAGUUAUUAGUGUUCUAAUCUAGACGUCUGAUCUGCCACUAAAUGUCCAAUCAGGCUAAAGUCGUGCUUCAAAUGGCCCCGCCCGUUUUGGGGCGAUUUCAGUCAGGUUGAAAAUCGCCCAGAAGUGUCUCAUAGCCUCUCAUGUAAAAUCUUUUUUUUUUCAAAUAUCAGAGCUUUCAAUACAAUCUCUAUGGGUUCCGGGAGGGCUUGCACUUACUCGCUUUCGUCAUACGUAACAUAACUAAGAAAAGAGCGGGUAGCAGCGUCAAUCAAGAUGGCUAGCGUUCAGUGCAACUCGAUUGUCUCUUUGAAAGAAGUUCGUUUUUGUCGGCGAACAAAUCAAGAUAAAUUGGCAACGAAACAAUUAGGACCUCCCAGACCAAAUUUAAUAAUUCAACAGGUUUCUACUAAAGGGGGAAAGUCCUACACCCGAGGAUUUUCCAAAAAUUGGGCUGUCAAAGACCCACAUGGAUAGCUGUUUGAGAUUGUCUGCUUUGGGGAGAGUGAACAUUGCCACUCAACUGGAUGAGGGAUACAGGCUAGCUGUCCGCCGCCACAACGAUGAGGUUAGCAAGAACCGCCACAUCCUCAGCCGGCUAAUCCAGUGUGUGAAGUUUUGCGAAGUGUUUGAGUUAGCUUUGCGAGGCAAAGAUGAAACGGAGGGCUCCACCAACCCUGGUAUUUUUCUUGGACUUGUCAACUUUGUGGCACAAUUAGAUGAGGUGUUUGAUGACCAUCUUAAAAAUGCUAAAGUUUUCAAGGGCACAUCAAAGACCAUUCAAAACGAGCUACUGGAGUGUAUGCUAGCUGUCAUGAGGGAACAUAUUGUGGAGGAGGUGAAGUCGGCGAACUUCGUAGCUAUCCAAGCUGACGAGACCACGGACGUUUCUACACAGACACAGCUGGUGCUUGUGCUGAGGUACAUAGAUAGCAAGAAGAUUUUAUUUUUUUCCUGGGGCUUUUUCACAAAAUCAUGCCCCACGUUGACAUUCUGUACCAGAAGCUACAGAAGAAGGACAUCGAUGCUGUCUUCAUCAAACGUGCCCUCGACAGCUUCACAAGGAGUGUGCAGGCCAUAAGGUAAGAUUAAACAAUAUCAUUCGAUCUUUCUCAAAGCAGAGCUUUAUUUGAAAAUGUAUGCAUGAAAGGAGACAUCAUCAUAUUUACAAAUCUAUACAAUUGGCCAGAAUAUGGUUGUUCAUUUUUACAAAGCCAUACAGAUAGCUGUGUUUACCUUUUCUAUAAAUUAUUUUCAAAUUCUGUUUUCAGGCAAAAUGUCUAUCACUGUUCAUUUUCACAAAUCUAUACAAGAGGGAAGAAUAUGGAAGUCUAUAAAAAUUUCUUAUUACCAAUAACUUGCAUCAAUGUUUUCAGUAGCCUCUAUCAAAAGCUCCUGCUUGCUUGUUGUGAAUUAUGCUCAGGUGCACAUAUUUCCAAUUCAACCAUGAGGCCUUUUUGAAGCAAGUAAUGUGUAUAUCAGUAUUGACUUAUAUGCUGCCCCUGUCUUCAUGUUGUUGCUGGACAUAUCUUUUUUAAAAUGUGUGUAGGUCACCUAAAUCAUCAGAAAAAUUGCCCCCCCUGAGAAUUUUUUCAGGAGCCGCCACUGAGUACCAGUCAAACAUUUUGACACACCUACUCAUUCCAGGGUUUUUCUUUAUUUUUACUAUUUUCUACAUUGUAGAAUAAUAAUGAAGACCUCAAAACUAUGAAAUAGCACAUAUGGAAUCAUGUGCUAACCAAAAAGUGUUAAACAAAUCAAAAUAUUUUUGAGAUUCUUCAAAGUAGCCACCCUUUGCCUUGAUGACAGCUUUGUACACUCUUGGCAUUCUCUCAACCAGCUUCAUGAGGUAGUCACCUGGAAUGCAUUUCAAUGAACAGGUGUGCCUUGUUAAAAGGUAAUUUGUGGAAUUUCUUUCCUUCUUAAUGCAUUUGAGCCAAUCAGUUGUGUUGUGACAAGGUAGGGGUGGUAUACAGAAAAUAACCCUAUUUGGUAAAUGACCAAGUCCGUAUUAUGGCAAGAACAGCUCAAAUAAGCAAAGAGAAACGACAGUCCAUCAUUACUUUAAGACAUGAAGGUCAAUCAGUCCGGAAAAUGUCAAGAACUUUGAAAGUUUCUUCAAGUGCAUUUGCAAAAACCAUCAAGCGCUAUGAUGAAACUGGCUCUCUUGAGGACGGCCACAGGAAAGGAAGACCCAGAGUUAGCUCUGCUGCAGAGGAUAAGUUCAUUAGUGUUAACGGCACCUCAGAUUGCAGCCCAAAUAAAUGCUUCACAGAGUUCCCAAACACAUCUCAACAUCAACUGUUCAGAGGAGACUGUGUGAAUCAGGCCUUCAUGGUCAAAUUGCUGCAAAGAAACCACUACUAAAUGACACCAAUAAGAAGAAGAGACUUGCUUGGGCCAAGAAACACGAGCAAUAGACAUUAGACCGGUGGAAAUCUGUCCUUUGGUCUGAUGAGUCCAAAUUUGAGAUUUUUAGUUCCAACCGCUGUGUCUUUGUGAGACGCAGAGUAGGUGAACGGAUGAUCUCCGCAUGUGUGGUUCCCACCGUGAAGCAUGGAGGAGGAGGUGUGAUGGUGUGGGGGUGCUUUGCUGGUGACACUGUCAGUGAUUUAUUUAGAAUUUAAGGCACACUUAACCAGCAUGGCUACCACAGCACACCAAGUGUUUAACACUUUUUUUGGUUACUACAUGAUUCCAUAUGUGUUAUUUCAUAGUUUUGAUGUCUUCACUAUUAUUCUACAAUGUAGAAAAUAGUCAAGAUAAAGAAAAACCCUUGAAUGAGUAGGUGUGUCCAAACUUUUGACUGGGACUGUAUGUAACAUCAUCUUUCUCUCCCUUGCCUGUUGGUCAGUUUGCAAAGAGUCUGGGGAAGUUUAUCCAGGAGCAGAACAUUAAGGAUCUGAAGGUGUGGACCAGCCAGAUGAAGAGAACCAUCCAGACAGCUGAGGCCGUGGCUGUGCCCUACGAGCAGUGGAAGGCUCUCAACGAGAUAGAUGCUGUAAGUCUGUGUGUGUGUGUGUAUGCAACAUGUGUUUGUAUUUUGGCCUAAAAUAUGAAUUGAAUGUAUCCUUUUAAUUUCAAUGAUAUUGAUGUCUCCUAAGCCUGCUGUUAAACAGGCUUUUUGUUUUUCGCUGCGUGUGUGUUUUGACUAUUGAUAUUUUGUUUGUAUUUAUACUUUCAUAGAUCUACACUGUAUCUACGAUUAUGCUCCAAGUCAGCCAAAGUGAUUGGUGGUUCCCACUUCCCAUGUCUCCUAACCCUGCUGUUAAACAACUUGUUGUUUUGCUUUGUCUCCCCCUCCCAGGGUGUGUGUGAAGAGAUGAUGUAUGAGGAGAUCCAGGGACAUUUCCCUGUGGAGUUUUCACUUAGAGACCAGGACAAAUACCGCUACCGCUACCCUAAAGGAGAGGUGAGUCCAUCACAGCACAAACACUGACUGACAUCUCAAAGUGUGUGUGUUAACAGGCCUCUGAUUGUCCCCUCAGUCCUAUGAGGACCUGGUGCAGCGGUUGGAGCCAGUCAUCAUGGAGCUGGAGAGGCAGGAGAACGUCCUGGUCAUCUGUCACCAGGCUGUCAUGCGCUGCCUGCUCGCUUACUUCCUGGAUAAGAGCGCAGGUACCGUAUAUAACUUUUUUUUUUUAAACACCCCCCAGUAUUACAGCUUAAUUCCUACUAUUCAAUAACAAACUGAGCAUAUAGGAGAGUGAGUGUUCUGCAUGCGCUGUUCAUCAGUCAUGAUCAGAUAAGCAUUGGUAUAUGAUUUCAGUAGCUCUAACACAACUCAAUUGAAUCCAUUUAGGCUAUUACGACAUUGUUCUGUUUUUGUUCUUCAGAGGAGCUGCCUUACCUGAAGUGCCCUUUGCACACUGUACUGAAGCUGACCCCUGUGGCUUAUGGUGAGUACACUAUUAUCAAUAACUGUACUAUAUAUGCCAGUGAAACUGAAUAUCAUGCACUCAGAAAUGUAAUUCCUCUGCUGGAGGUGUAAAACACGAAAGGGAACAUAUUUCAAUAUGUUAUGCUCUUGUGAAGGCUGGUUGAAUUCUGGCAAAGAGUAUGUUCUUUUAUCUCAGCAUGUCUACAGAUUCUCCCUUCUCCCUGUUUUUGUUUGCUUGGAAGUGUAGAUACUGGAGACAGAAGAAACUGUUUAACCUAGCAUUUAUAGCGGCUAAGAAAUGCAUUGCCAUUAAUUGGAAGGUUGGUUAUACUCCCACAAUGUCACAAUGGAUGGCAGAAAUGUCAAGUUAUAUAUCACUAGAUUUGAUUUAUUACAAGAUUAAGGGUAUACUGUGCAACUUUCAUAAGGUCUGGAUGCCUUAUAUGGAAUACUGUACGACAAAAGGAGUCUAUUGAAAACAUGCCCACGUCAGGGGAGAUACCUAUUUAGACAAUCCCUAGCUGCUGGGCUGCUCAGUUCUGGCCCUGGGGGUCUGCUGUACUGUUGGUUGUCACUCUGGCCUAACACACCUGAAACCAAUAAUUAAUGGUUCACUAAGAUCCUAAAGCUGAGUGGGGUGUGUUGGGUUGGGGCGCUGCAGGGCGGUGGACCCCUAGGGGCAGGACGGGGAGAUCCAGCUAUAUUGUGUGCAAGUAAAAAGAGCUCUACAGUACUAUUAGACCUAUGAUAUGAAUUACAGUGCCAUCUGUAAUUAUUGGGUGAGUGAAGCAUUUUGUCUUAUUUUGGCUCUAUACGACAAAAUUUUGGAUUUGAAAUCAACCAAUGACUAUGAAGUUAUUUUCAUCCAAAUCGGGUGGACCGUUUAGAAAUUACAGCACUUUUUGUACAUAGUCCCCACAUUUUAGGGGAGCAAAAGUAUUGGGACAUUCACUUUUAUGUGUAUUAAAGUAGUAAAAAGGUAAGUAUUUGGUCCCACAUUCAUAGCACUCAAUAACUACAUCAAGCUUGUUGGAUGCAUUUGCUGUUUGUUUUGGUUGUGUUUCAGAUUUUGUGCCCAAUAUAAAUUAACGGUAAAUAAUGUAUUGCCAUUUUGGAGUCACUUUUAUUGUAAAUAAGAAUAUAGAAUGUUUCUAAAUACUUCUACAAUGUGGAUUCUACCAUGAUUACGGAUAAUCCUAAAGGAAAAGUUAGACGCAGAAAUAUCAUACCCCAAAACAUGCUAACCUCUCACCAUUACAAUAACAGGCGGAGGUUUGGGGGGCAUGAUAUUUCUGCGUCUAUAACUCUCGGACUCAUCAUUAUUCACGAUUCAUUCAGGAUUAUCCAUGAUCAUGGUUGCAUCCACAUUCAUGUAGAAGUGUUUAUAAACAUAUUCUGUUCUUAUUUACAUAUAUUUUUUAAAGUGACCCCAAAAGGGCCAUAUUAGAUUGUGUACAAAUGCAGGAAAUGAGCUUUAGAUGCCCAAAAUAUUCUGAGGGAGGACCCCAAGACCCACCGCCAGGUUAUGUCCCCCCCACUUCUAUACUGAACAAAAAUAUAAAUGCAACAUGUAAAGUGUUGGUCCUAUGUUUCAUUGAGCAGGUGUGGCAUAUCAACAAGCUGAUUAAACGGCAUGAUCAUUACACAAGUACACCUUGUGCUGGGGACAAUAAAAGGCCAUUCUAAAAUGUGCAGUUUUGUUACACAACACAAUGCCACAGAUGUCUCAAGUUUUGAGGGAGCGUGCAAUCGGCCUGCUGACUGCAGGAAUGGCCACCAGUGCUGUUCCAGAGAAUUUAGUGUUAAUUUCUCUACCAUAAGCCGCCUCCAACGUCGUUUUAGAGAAUUUGGCAGGACGUCCAACAGGCCUCACAACCACAGACCAUAUGUAUGGCGUUGUGUGGGCGAGCGGUUUGCUGAUGUCAACGUUGUGAACAGAGUGCUCCAUGGUGGUGGUGGGGUUAUGGUAUGGGCAGGCAUAAGCUACGAACAACAAACACAAUUGCAUUUUAUUGAUAGCGAUUUGAAUGCGCAGAGGUACCGUGACGAGAUCCUGAGGCCCAUUGUCGUGCCAUUCAUCCGCCGCCAUCACCUCAUGUUUCAGCAUGAUAAUGCACGGCCCCAUGUCGCAAGGAUCUGUACACAAUUCCUGGAAAUUGGAAAUGUCCCAGUUCUUCCAUGGCCUGCCUACUCACCCAUUGAGCAUGUUUGGGAUGCUCUGGAUCAACGUGUACGACAUUGUGUUACAGUUCCCGCCAAAAUCCAGCAACUUUGCACAGCCAUUGAAGAGGAGUGGGACAACAUUCCACAGGCUGCCAUCAACAGCCUGAUCAACUUUAUGCAAAGGAGAUGUCGUGCUGCAUGAGGCACAUGGUGGUCACACCAGAUACUGACUGGUUUUCUGAUCCACGCCUCUACCUUUUUUUUAAGGUAUCUGUGACCAACAGAUUCAUAUCUGUAUUCCCAGUCAUGUGAAAUCCAUAGAUUAGGGCCUAAUGAAUUAUUACAAUUGACUGAUUUCCUUAUAAGAACUGUAACUCAGUAAAAUCUUUGAAAUUGUUGCAUUUUGUAUUUUUGUUCAGUAUAAAACCAAAGUUGCGCCCCUGCUUUAUUCCAUGCAUAUUUACUCCAAUGACAUGUAUUUAUCCAUUUGAUUCGGAACACCUGGGUACUUGUGAUCCAGUUCAGUCAAGUUCAAUACCACUGUAAAACAAAACAUUUCACUGCACUUAUAUUUUAUGUAGUGUUGAUCUGUGUAUUAAACACAGUGUACUGCUGCUGCUCUCUAGUGGUCUGACGAAGGAAUAUAAAAAUGAAUCGUCCCUCAAAUCUCUUUCCUUUCUAUUGUUUUGGUUUGUCUCCCGUCCUGUCCAUGUAGGCUGUAAAGUAGAGUCUGUCUGGUUGAAUGUGGAAGCUGUGAACACCCACAGGGACAAGCCA